UUUUUUUAUUCCCUUCCUUCUUUUUUUUACGUCUUCAUCUUAUUAUCAUUUCAAUCCGAUUUUUUACAGCAACAAGGCCGUCGUUCUACUCCUGGUGGACCUAUUCGUAGAUCUCAAGCUCCUGUAUCUCGUGGACCUAGAAACAGUUUAGUUGUUAGCAAUCUUCAUCACAAGGUGACUGAAAAGGAUCUUUAUGAAUUGUUUGGACAAAUGGGUAAGGUCAAACGAGCAUUCCUUCACUUGGCUCCUUCUGGAAAAUCCUCUGGUGUGGCCGAUAUUGUGUUUGUACAAGCUAAUGAUGCUGAACGUGCAAGAAAUACCUAUAAUAAUAUUGAAUUAGAUGGUCGUCCUAUGAGGAUCUCUUUUGCCAAUUUACCUAGUGCUGUAGCUAGUUCAUUACCUAUCAACCGUAGACUUCAAAAUACUGGUCGUGGUGGUCGUCGUCCUAAUCAACGUGCUGGUGGAAGUGGUCGUCCUAAACGUGAUACUCGUCCCAAGGCUUCUCAAGCUGAUUUGGAUGCUGAUAUGGACUCUUAUAUGGCUGUUGAAUAAAAACAAAUACAAUAGUUAGUUUCAAAGUUA